CGCACGAAACGCACGCUGCAGCGGAAAUACUGGAUUUUGGUUCGGAUCGGGAUUCGCUAUACGCUAUAGUCUUAGUAGUCGGCUGUCGUCGGUUUUAACGGUCGGUUUUGUCGGCUCUAUCGGUCGGUUUGGUCCGCUUGAUCGGUUGGCCAACUGCAAACUCAGCGCUUUUUCGGUUUUGCAUUCGGCAGUUGUGAUUGAUGAUUGAUGGACUGCAGUUGCUCCGCCAGCUCUGACCUCUGACCCUAAAAGACAAUCAAAUUCAGUGAUUUCGAACUCUUUUUAUGAGGGUCCGAAAUAGAACAUCAACUCGAGAAUAUAUCAAAUAAAAAACGUUCAAUUUCGCCUUUAUUUUUGUUGGCCGGUUUUUCGGUUUUCGCAUUUCUCGAGCUUGUCGACAGCGUCUCGUGUGCGCGGUCUUCAUAAAUUAUACAAGAGCGCAUUUUGCGAACGACUUGCAAAUAAAUAAGCAUUUACGCUUUUAUUAUUGCCCGGCGUGUGUGUUGUUUUGGUGAGAGUGUGUGUUCUUUGGAGCAGAAGCAGGAGCAGGAGUUCUGCGGAAAUCGCUCCCAUGUGGCGCAAGCCGGAGGAAUAAAAUAUAAUAAAACCGAGCCGAACCGUGGGUUCCCAAUUCCCCACUUAAAAUAUCAUUUUUGCAUACAAUCAACAUCUAGCCAUAAAAGUGUGUUCCAACCUAUAAAUAUUUCGGUAUCCGCUUUGAUUUGUGUGUGCUGAUAAGCCAGUGAUUGCCAGGCAUAAAACUUCAGAACCGCGAACCCCUAUAUACUCGUAAAAAAAGAUAUCUCAAGCAGAAAAUGCCAGGGGACACCGCGGCGUAUACUUAAUCUUGUCAACGGGCGAAGGAAGAAGCAAGGCCAAAGCAAACAUGAACUGCCUUUGUCGCCCAUCGCGGAUUAUGUCCGUGCGCAUUAAUUUGCUGGAUGAAACCGAGUUUAUACACGAGAUCAAGGAUGAUUUGCCCGGCCAGGCUCUGCUGGAUGUCGUCUUCGCCAGGCUCAAUUUAAUCGAGACCUCAUACUUCGGCAUACGUUACAUCGACGAGGAGAAUCAGACGCACUGGCUGGAUCCUGCGUCGCGCAUUUCGCGACAACUGAAGCCCAAGUCGGAUGCCUAUGACCUGUACUUCGGCGUCAAGUUCUAUGCUGCGGAUCCCUGCAAGCUGCUGGAAGAAAUAACCAGGUAUCAACUUUUCCUGCAAGUCAAACAGGAUGUUCUGCAGGGACGACUGCCGGUGGCCUUUGAACUGGCGGCGGAAUUGGGAGCCUUUGUGGUGCAAUCUGAACUUGGUGACUACGAUCAGCGGCGCCACUCGAAGGGCUAUGUGUCCGAGUUCCGCCUGCUGCCCAACCAGAGCAACGAGCUGGAAACCCGCGUCUCCGAACUCCACCAGCAGCUGAAGGGAAUGUCGCCCUCCAGUGCGGAGCUCAACUAUCUGGACAAAGUCAAAUGGCAUGAUAUGUACGGCGUGGAUCUGCAUCCCGUUUUGGGCGAGGACAGCGUGGAGUACUUUCUGGGCCUGACUCCUAGCGGGAUUGUCGUGCUGCGCAACAAGACGACGGUGGCUCAUUACUAUUGGCCGCGCAUUGCCAAAGUUUAUUAUAAAGGACGCUAUUUUAUGCUCAGGAUAAGCGAUAAAAAUAACGAGCUGAGCACCUACGGAUUCGAGACGCCUCGCAAAUCGGCCUGCAAACACUUGUGGCGAUGCUGCGUGGAGCAUCAUGCCUUCUUCAGGCAGGUGCGAGUGGCCCCCCUGCCCAGUUCGCAGUCGCAUGCCGCCGAUUUGUUCCAACUGGGUUCGCGCUUCAGGCACAGUCGCCCGGACAAGCAAACGGAGAAGGAUGCACUCUCCGCCGGACGAUCUCCGCCAGCCUUCACCCGAACUCCCUCGAAACGCCAGCCGCGCCGCGUGAUUGAUGACUUUUUCAACGGCAAUGGGAGUGGAAAUGGGAAUGGAAAUGGGAAUGGCCAAGGAAGUGGAGCGGGAGGAUUAGGAGGCAGCCACAUGGGCAACAGGCCACUGCCUCAGCCCGGCAUGGGCACCAUCUCCAACAACUACGACAGUCCCUAUCGCUCCACCUACAGUAUACCCACUAGCUUGGGGAUAAGACCUUGCCAUCAGCAGCAGCAGCAGAACAACAACUCCAGCAGCUACAACAACAACAGCGGGGGCAACCUGCAGACACCGGACUCCCCGCGGAGUACAAGGAGUGCUCCUUGGCCGAGAUCCCAGCAGAGGAGCCUCUUCGGCCACAAUCCCUCGAGUCCGCGAUCCGUGAGAUCCGCCAGUACGGCGGGAGGAGGGCUGCACCACCACCACAGCCACCACAGUCACGGCCAUGGAACUAGCCACCAUCCGCACCACCAGUCGUCGUCGGGAGGGGCUGGGGCCACCUCCUCCUCCACGCACCACCAGCGGCAGCGGGCCAGCUCCUCAUCCGCCUCCCAUCAGCAGCAGCGGUACCGCUCCAGUUCCGUGGAGAGCCACUCCUCCAACGACUCGAGGUCGACUAGGAAGCAUAAGCACCGUCAUCGUCGCACCUCCGAUAACGAAAGCGAGCUCUCCAGGGGAUCAGGUCGCUCGGGAAGAUCAGGGCGUUCGCAUCAUCGCAAGCACCGCAGAUCGCAUCGGCACCGAAGGGAUUCGGCCGGAGGAUCGGAUCACGAUAGCACAAGGGGACGCAGCUACUCUGGUCAUCGCAGCUCCUCGAUGAGGAGUGGCAGUGCCGAGCUGAUAGAUUCCACAUCCCAGUGGCGGGAGGUGCAGAGGCGCCAGGCGGAGGCCAGUUUGGGCCAGAGUUCGGUGCAACAGGCGGCAGUUUCCAAGAGCAGCAUGGUGGCAAGGAGUCUCCACAGCAACGAUAGCCACUCGGACACCCAUUCGCACCACAAGUCGAGGAGGCAUCGAAAGAAUAAAUCACCAUCGGAAUCGCGCAGUCGCAUGUGGAACAGUGAGCUGGCGAAGCACCUACAAUUCGACUUGGUGGACACGGAGGGCAUGUCGGAGCAGCAGCUGAGGGAGAUCCCCUACACGGUGGUGGAGACCACUUCGAAGAGGUCCAAUUCCAACCUGAAGAUCCACAAGAGCAACAGCAAGAGCAGCGUGGGAGCCAAGAGCACGGGAUCGGGCAACACCAUCACCAAUGGCAGUGGAUCGGGUAAUACGGGUCAGGCCAGGAAUCGUGUGGAUCGCAUUAGGGGACUUUACUAUCAAAGCUCGCAUCCACACGAAGCCAACGGAGGUCCUGGCACCGGAGGACAUGCGCCCAAAAAUGGUUCCAUACGAUCGGCCAGCACUAUUUCGUCAAGGGAGUGUGAAAGGAAUAAUGGUUUAGUUAGAAUGAUGUCCAGCAUGAGCAUGGGUGACUUUAUCUCACCCACUGGCUCUAAUCUGAGUCCCUUGGAGAACUCAGCUCUUCGCGUUUCCCAUGAGCACACUGACUCGGGACUGGGAGCUGAUCAGGACUAUGCAUAUUCAUCGGAAAGAUCCAGCGACAGCACUCGCUACGGCACCAACAAAUCCUCCGGCGCCUCGAGCGGAUCGCACCGGAAGUCGGGGGGCAGUGCCACGGGGGGCGGCGGCGGGACGUACAACAACCUGAUGCAGCAGACCGUGAGUAACCAGCAGCAGCAGCAGCGUUCGCUGUUCGCCCAGCAGCAGCGCCAGAAUCAGAAGAGCACCUACAAAUACGCCACCUCCUCGCCAUCAUCCACUAACCCGGGCUCCCAGAGCUCCUCGGGCCUGGCUCCCGUCCACAGUUCCAGCUCGACUAACUCCAAUCCGAACUCGAAUUCGAAUCAGAAUCCAAAUCCCAGUAGUGCUACUAACUCGCCGGCCAACCGGCUGCUCCACUACACGACCUUCGAGAACAACCAGUACAAGUUCAGCCUGAACAAUGCGCUGGCCAGGAGCUCCAGGGGCGUGGCGGGUGGAGUGGCGGGGGGCAGCAUUAGCAAUCUGGUCGGGAACACGGGAAUAACCUCUGGUAAUGGUGGUGGUCCGGGUGGUUCCCAUGGUGGUGGUGCUUUCAGCCGGCAGCGCAGCUUUGUGGAGUGGCCCAGCAAUCCGGCAUCGCCGUACUACUACCAGGGUCCCUCGACGCAGGUGUCGCAUGUGAAGCGGCGGGAUGCCAAGUCGGAUAUCGGGGUGCCCACCAGGAGGCUCUCGGGGCAGAGUCUCACCAAGACGCAGCUCCUCACGGGAGGUAACUCCCAGCUAACCCAGGCGGGCUGCUAUCCCCUGCACUAUGCCAGCAGCAGUGUUUCGGGAGCGGGCCACAAUCGUCCCUUGGGUCAGAGGUCAGGUCAGGUCUCCUCCGGGGGAGGAGGAGGAGGCUUUGGCCUGCAGCCAGCCAAGUCGGAUCUCUUCUUGUCCUACAUACAUGGCGGAGAGUACGAAAGGCCCUACAUAUACAACUACAAGAUGCCGCAGAUGCCGGGAGGAGGAGCAGCUACGGGGGGUUCCCCUUACCACAUCUCUGGUUCGCAGACCGCCGAUCCGCCGCCACCUCCUCCGCCGCUCUACGGAGGAACGGCGCCCGCCACCGACGUCAUGUACUAUCAGUUCGACAAAGGAGCCGCCGCAGGAGCUCCUUCAACUUCAGCUGCCUCCUCAUCAUCGCCGCCCAUUGUCCAGCAGCCGCGUCAGUCGGGCGGUCCAUUAGUGUAUCUGCAACAUGGCCAGAAUGCCUCGGCAUCUGUGCCCCUUCCCGUUUCCGUUCCCGUCGUCCCCGAGAUUUCGCCGCCAACUAUGACUUCGAACUCCUCGUCGCACUCCUGCAGCGAGGACGAGGCCAUGAUGGUCCUGGAGGCGCUGCGAAUGGAGAAUGCCCAGACCACCAACGACGACGAGACGGAGGAUACCGAAGAUGACGAGGCCGCCGAGGCGGAGGACAUGUUUGAUGCGGAUGCUCCUUUGAUGUCCCCCACGGGCAGUCACAAUAGUUCCAGCAACAACAACAAUAGCAGCAGCAACUGCCUGGCCAAUAACAACAUGGGAUCCCGAUCCAGUACAUCGACCAAUAUUAAUUUCGAUAAUUGCAAUGCGAAUGUCUACAAUGGUCAGCAGCAGCAGGCGAAACAACUAGGGCCAAUUACCGGCGGCAGCCAAACGUUAAAUAGUCCCACAUUGAAUGCAAAUACAAAUACGAAUCUGAAUCUGAAUCCGAAUCUGAACCCGAGUAGCCACACCUCCAAUAGCCUCACGAAUGCGAGUCCCCCACCCAACACAACAACUGCAACUGCAACAACAGCAACUGGCACGGCAACAUCAACAUCGAAUGCCAACCUGCAACAAAAUCAAAACCAAAAUCAAAAUCAAAACAUUUCCUCCAGCUUAGAGAUAAUCCUUUCGCCAAUUAUCCAAAGUAGUCGACGAGCGCAAUUCCAAAGCACGCCGACCACGCCCCUUCAGUGGGAGUAGGAGUGAGCUGCGCCUCCAAUCCGCCGCCCACUGCAUUCUGCAAACUUUGGUUGCAGCAACAGCAGCAGCAACAGCAGCAACAGCAACAGC